AUGGAACUAAACAAUAUUGAUCACUGUCAGUCAAAAUACUUUCAGACCGCUCUAACUCCAAAUACGCAUCCAGAUCUUACCCAGCUUUCUUUUACAAACAGCAUGAAAAGCAACGGUUAUAAAACUUACGAGACAGAAAAAUUGUCCUAUUAUCAUACACCAGACUAUACUACCGAACAUAAUCACCCUCACCAUGUCCUCGCGUCUCAUCACAACAGUCUAAAAACGAAGAGUCAUCGCGUCACAAAGGCUGCCACUCAAGAGGCUAAUGACAAACCUUUUAAAUGUACGGUACCAGGUUGUAUCAAGUCUUACAAGAAUCCAAACGGUUUAAAGUACCAUGCUGAACAUGGACAUCGGUCUGCUCUAUCGGAUACGGAAGAAAAGAAGCCGGCUAUUAAACCUUAUAGAUGCAAUUAUCCUGAAUGCGAAAAACGAUACAAGAAUCCAAAUGGUUUAAAAUACCACCUCGAACAUGCACAUGCACAUCAUGCCAUAAUUCAUCGAGGAUAA